CACGAAAAACUGAAUUAAAAAUGUAUGUUUUUGUCCUGGUUUCUUGCACAUUUUCAUACAUUUUCAAUUUGAUCUAAUUCUCCUACAAACUUUAACUACAAAUUCGAAUCAAAGCUAUAAAAAUGCAGAUUUGAACAUUUUAAAUUCAGAUACUGACAAUUUUAUUAUUCAGCAAAUAGCUGAAAACCAGUAGGCUCCAGUCAAAGACUUUAGGUUUGAUCUUCGUUCGCAUAUUUUUCAGGAAAAUACAAGAUUUAUUAUUUCUAAAGGUUACCAAUGAAAGACGAUGUCUGCAGGCAUGACUGCGUCACCAGGGACAAGCCAAUUCAAGUUCGCUGCCUAUGAAAUUAACAUUCCUGUAAGAGAUUAUCCAACACUGUGUGUGUGUGUGUGUGUGUGUGUGUGUGUGUGUGUGUGUGUGUGUGUGUGUGUGUGUGUGUGUGUGUGUGUGUGUGUGUGUGUGUUCUAUAAAAAGCCCUUUUCUAGAGUUCAGGUGUUAAGACACUAAACUCCAGCUGCACAUACAUGACAAGAUUAUGAUGGCAUGUUUAAAAGCCUUCACCCUGAUUCUUAUCUGUGUCUGCAUUCUGCAGCAAUUGCUGCAAGUGAAUACUCAGGUGAAGAAGGGAAGAGGAAAGAAAAAUCAGUACAGCCUGUCCCCAAAGCCAAAAGCACUUCCUCAUAAUCCUAAAAAGAGUAGCUCAAAAAACCCAAAUGUUGACGCCGUCCUAUUCAAAAGCCGGUUUGUGAAAGAAGACGGGAUGCGGUGCACGUGGGCAGCCACAGAAAGCAGCAUUGAAGAUGGUGUUGCAUUUGUCUUGAGCAUCACAUGCAAAAAAGGCACUGUACUCCACUGCGAGUACACAGCUAAACCCAGGCUGUGUCCUGAAAUCACAUCCAACAUUGAUGCAUUCUGGAAGCAGAUCAGCCGCUCCCUCAAGAAUCAGAACAAGUUAUGUCGUGACACCAAAGCUCUGAUCAGAGCCAGAAUGUGCAGAAUGGCACCUAAGGGUGCACACUUUGCUCUCAAAACCCCACCAAAGGUCCUCCCUACACCUGCAAGCAAGAACAGUUCAUGCCCAAACCUUCAUAAUAGAGAAAAAAUGGCUGAGGAGUAUUGUGGCAGCUCCUGGUCUUCAUUCUGUACCUUCUUCUUUGCUUUGGUUGAGACUGAGGAUUGCUGAAUGAGACAUGUGAAAAUGUUAUAUUUGUUGUCAUCUGUUAAUGCUAUAAAGUCUGAUAACACUAAAAGGUCUGUUAACCCUUCAAGAUCUGAUAAUGCUAGAAGGUCAAAGAAGAACUUCAGUAUUUUUUUUAAAUGAGUUUGUCACUGUGUUUGACUCAAACUUUUCUACACAUGAGAAUUACACUAUAUGGCCUUUAGUAGGUGGACAUCUGAACAUUGCACCCAUAUUUGGUUCUUUUCAAAACUAUUACCACAAAUUUGGAAACAUGCUAUUGUAUUGAAUGUCUUUGUGGGCUGUAGCAUUACAGUUUCUCUGCACUGGCACUAAGAAGCCCAAAACUUUUCCAGCAUCACAAUGUCCCUGUGCACAAAGCGAGCUCCCUUAAGAUAUGGUUUGCCAAGGUAGGGGUGGAAGAACCCGAGUGACCUUCACAGAACCCUAACCUCAACCAUUUGGGAUGAACUGGAAAACUGACUAAACCCCAGACCUCUUUUUCUGAUAUAAUUUCUGAAGGAACAAUGGAAAGCCUUCCCAGAAGAUUGGAGGUAUUUAUAACAAGUGGCACAUGCAGAUGUCAGAUGUCCUCAAACUUUUGGCCACAUUGUCUACGAAGCACAUUAAUAUUGGUGAUGUAAUUCAAUAUUCAAAGGAAAUAUGGAUUUUUUGAUUAAUUGUGUGUAAUCAGCAUUCAAAUUAUGCUUUAAAAAUUUUGGCGUAGCUAUCUAAAAUUUUGGUGUAGUUAUAUAUUUUGGUGUAGCUAUCUAAAAAUCUAGUUUAUAAAACAAUGACCCUUUUACAGAUAGAGAGGCUAAAUGCUAAACAUAGCUACAGUAGGUAGCAAAUAGUGUAGGUUUGUAGUUCAUGAACUAAAAAGAGUGUUGUUACAUCGUGACUCAACUUAAUUUGGGAGUAAAAAUCUUGGGGAUAAAGUAUAUGUUUAUGUCUUCAUAUGUUUAAGUAUUAACAGUGUGUAGGAUUCAGUGUGUUAAGAUGAAAAAUGAAAAGUAUCUUCCCUUCUUAUCUGCCAUAAAGCUUUAACUGUGUUCAUUUUUGUCUGUUUGUUAUUGUAAUUUGGUUCAGCUCUGUACAUUGUUAGAAAAAAAACAACAGAUUUUUAAAAGAAUAUAUCAGGAUGGUUGAAAGUUUUUUAAGCUAAUAGAUGCUCCCCUGAGGCUUCUUCUACAGUAACAGUAAUGUUAUUUUAAAAAACACAUUCAUUAACAAUUAAUGUUAAGUAUAAACCACAACCUGUGUUUUUUCUGCACUGGAUAAUUAUCAAUCUGUUACAACUGGUCACAAGUGUGUUAUGAACCUUGAAAAUGUGUUUAGUUGCUUCUCAUCUUGUGUGGAUUAACUGUCCCAAAAAUGAAAUUAAAUGUCAUCAAGUUCA